AUGACUUCAGCAGGAUUAAUUACAGGACUUUCAGUACUGAUUAUAGGUUUACCAAUUUACGUGCAAGGAAUAACAACAGUCCACCAUGACAAACCGGAGGAAUCUCAGAUCUCGAUGAAAUCAUCGGAUUUGGCCGCACUGAACGUGACUCUGACUCCGUCGGAAAGACAGAAGCGUCUGAUGCCCUACGAAAACUACUACACGGCCCAAAGAUUUAAUCUGCCACACGACCAACAACCGUACACGACUGGAAAACAAAGAUAUCAAGCCACUGGUCCACCUAAGAAAGGCGCCUACAUCGUCCAAUAUCGGAAAGCUCCCAAUGACCAAAACCAAGAAGCUUUGUACCAACAAAAGUUCACCCCGUUUUUGGAAAGUAAUGCAAUCCCCGGCCCUUUCGUCCCCAUGGUUCAACCUCCGGAACAAACGCCACCACCCCCACAAAAAAUCAAGGUACAAUUCGUCCAAAUCCCUCAACAAACCGAGGGUCAGCAGCCCGAUUACAGUGCUAUCUAUGACAAGUUGUCGCAGCUGAAGUUCGUCCAGCAACGCCCCAGGUACUACCAAACUUAUCGGAUUCAACAACGGCCUACCUACCAGCCACCAGUCAAGACCAUGGUGGAGACCUACACGCCCACCAACAUUGACAUACCGUCUCAAAAUGAAGAGUACCAACCCCAACCCCAACAACAACCACAGCAGGAACAGUACCAGACGAUUAAAAACUAUGAUCAUGAGGGUAGAAAACCGUAUGGACAGCAAGUUAUAGUGGUGCCCCAAAGGGGGGUAACUAGAAGGCCUAUAAUAAUCCUUCAGCAAAAACCUGUGGUCAAUGAACAGCCCAAAAUUUACCAUUAUCGAGGAGAGAACAUCGAAACAGUACCCAUAACAAAGCCCAUCGUUUACGUGCCCAGAAAACAAACUUACAGGCCCAAAGUGGUGCUGGUUUCCGACAAUAAUAAUCAGGCAAAGUACGCCUCCCCAGUGAAGUACACAGAAAACCCCAGAUACGAGACGAUGCAGCCACAGCAGUACGUACAAGAACAGACCUACCAGCCCAGCAACGAGUACGCCCCCACAGACACCUACCCAGCAUCCGUACAAACCUACGAACCUUACCCCCCACCCCAGAAGUACUACGCCACCGAACCACCCCAAGCCACCACCGAAUCCAACAACCUGGCCCUCAUACUGAAACAACUACAGGAAACCAACACGCUACCGGAAACCCUCACACCCGAGAACAUCGACAACAGCAUCAAAACCCUGGUGAAAAUCCUGGGAACGUUGCGCAAGCAGCAGAAGCUCACGAAACCCAUCGUGGUCGAGGACGAGUACGACGACAGCGAGGCGGACGACGGGAUCGUCACCAGCUAUCCGGGGCAUCACGAGGACGGCGGCACGCCGGGCAAACCCGGCGUGGACUAUCCCGCCCUCUCGUCCAUACCCCAAACCACGUUCAACUGCAAGACGCAGCGUUAUAAGGGCUUCUUCGGCGACCCCGACACCAACUGUCAGGUCUGGCAUUACUGCGACCUGAACGGCGGCCAGGCCUCGUUCCUUUGUCCCAACGGCACGAUUUUCAGUCAGGUGGCUCUGACUUGCGACUGGUGGUACAACGUUAAGUGUGCCACGACCGCACAGCUUUACGUGCUCAACGAACGACUCUACAAGUACAUCAUACCCCUAACGCCCAAGUUCCCGGAGGACUACAGCGGACCUUUGGUUGACAAGUAUCUGGCGCUGAAAUUCCAAGAAAUGGAGGACAAGAUGAAGAAGGAACGGGGAGGUAAGCAGCAACAGGAAAAGGACAAGGAAAAGGAGUCUGAAGAACUGCAGAACAUAGAAGAAGAGGCGGAAACAGAAGAGGGUGUUAAGGAGGAACCUAAAGAUGCCAAUUUGAGCCAGAACACCCUUCAGUCGGUGGAAUCCGGCGAAAAAUAAACGUUAAUGGAAAAGUUACCCACAUCCAAGAGUUCCAAGUCAGUCAGAAGGUUGAAAAAAUGAGCAUCAACGCAAUUUUUCAGAAUUUUUUAUAAAGUAUUCAAAUUUACGUAUGAAUUAGAGUAAAUAUUUAUUUUUAAUUAUCAUUUCUUUUGCCUCUAAAUCUAAAAUAAUUAAUAGGGAUAUUUUUACCCUCAGUUUCACCUUUCAAAAUAAUUAUUUAAACCGAAAAAUAAAG